GCUGUCGCUUCCGCUUAGAGCGCGCGGGGCAUGCCGGGACGGGGCAGCAUCCCGCUAUGGCCGCCAUGGCCGCCAUGGCCGCGCUCCUCAUUGCGACGGUAACGGCGUCGGCGGGCAGCUGGGACACAGCCGGCUACCUGCUGUACUGCCCGUGCAUGGGCCGCUUCGGGAACCAGGCCGAGCACUUCCUGGGCGCUCUGGCCUUCGCACGAGCCCUCAACCGAACCUUGGCCGUGCCGCCAUGGAUCGAGUACCGGCACCACCGGCCGCCGUACACCAACCUCCACGUUCCGUAUGAGGAGUACUUCAAGCUGGAGCCCAUCCUGCAGUACCACCGUGUGCUCAGCCUGGAGCAGUUCAUGGAGGAGCUGGCACCGCAGCACUGGCCGCCCGGCAGGAGAGUGGCGUAUUGCUUUGAGGCUGCGGCACAGAGGAGUGCUGAUAAAAGCACCUGUCCCAUGAAGGAUGGAAACCCGUUUGGUCCAUUCUGGGAUCAGUUCAAAGUGGAUUUUGAUAAGUCUGAGCUCUUCAAGGGGAUCUCCUUCAGUUCUGCAUACAGGGACCAUUGGAUCCAAAGGUUUCCACCAUCUGAGCACCCUGUACUUGCUUUACCUGGAGCUCCAGCCCAGUUUCCAGUCUUAGAGGAGCACCGGCCCCUCCAUAAGUACAUGGUGUGGUCCGAUGAAAUGGUGAAGAAAGGAGAAGCCUAUAUUCAUUCUCUGCUGGUUAGGCCCUAUGUAGGAAUUCACCUGAGGAUCGGCUCAGAUUGGAAAAAUGCUUGUAACAUGUUAAAGGAUGGGACAGCUGGAUCUCACUUCAUGGCUUCACCUCAGUGUGUGGGCUAUGACCGCAGUACUGCUGUGCCCCUUACCAUGGACAUGUGCCUGCCAGACCUCAAAGAGAUUAAACGUGCUCUUAAGGUCUGGGUGAAAAAGACAGAAGCCAAAUCUGUUUAUAUUGCUACUGAUUCUGAGCCCUACACAAAAGAAAUACAGCAGUUCUUCCAAGGAAAGAUCAAAGUUGUCAGCUUGCAGCCAGAGGUGGCUCAGAUCGAUUUAUAUAUUCUUGGCCAAUCUGAUCACUUCAUUGGGAACUGUGUCUCUUCAUUUACCGCGUUUGUAAAAAGAGAGCGUGAUGUACAUGGAAAACCCUCUUCAUUUUUUGGCAUGGAUCACCCACCAAGGUUACGGGAUGAAUUCUGACCAAAAGAGAAACAGGCUCGAUGGUUCUCAGGGCUCUGAGCCUGGUGAGGGACCCUGCUGGUGUUGACUGCUCUGUAUGCAAGGCGUGUUUCCAGCCCUUGGAUACUCUGUACCAUCACUCUUCUGUCUGCCUUCACUCCUGUGAUACCAGACAGAAAAGAAAUUUGAAGCCAAGUAGUUUAUGGGAAACUGUAAACUAUGUAGUUUUUAAGAUAUAGUUUAUAUAGCUCUCCAUCCUCUUUUUGGGGGAGGUUUGCCAACGAUUAUGAAGAAGCUGCUCAUUUUUAUUAUUUUUUUUUCUCCCAUUAUUAAUUUUAUCUGGAAAUGUCAUUAAGCUUCUUAUUGUCCACAACUGACCAUAAGUUUCUUUUAAAGUGCAAGGUAUAUUCAGGAAUAUCAUGAUCCCUGUAUAGGAGUGCAGGAUGAAGCUUAAAACUGGAAAUUAUAAGGUCUGGGUUUUAUUGAGUGCCACUAACUGGACCCACAUCACCUCAGUACCUCCUUUUCCAUUCCCUGUUAAGAGAUGCAAUACCCACCUACAGCAGUGCGGUGAGGAGCCUUUGUGGGGCGCAGUGAUCUCAGUGGUGCUGUGUUUACAUGUGGCCGUUGUCCUUUCACUGGACGCAGAUGGGAAAUCUCUCCCAGCCAGGCAGAGGUUGGAGAUGUAGGACUUUGUAGCUGUUGGUAAAAGGUGGAGGUAUGUGAUAGAAGCAAAAGUUUUUAGGUCAGAAGCUCCGAAGUAGCUGCCCUGUGGGUCGGUGUAAAUCUUCCCUGAGUCUUUAUUAAUGGAUUUUUAUACUUUGUGAAGAUAGUCCCUCUGACAGCACAAUUCCUGGCUGUAGGGCUCAUUCCCAGCACGGCAAACUGGGAACAAACAGCAACAAGAAAACAUGUGGGUGUACAAGGAAAUCCAUUCGGCACGGUGAAGUUCAGUGCUGGUCACCUGUGGUAACCCCAAUUUGGCCAGUGUGUUUCCUUAGCACCAGCCAAAGGAUGGGAUUCCCAGGGCUCGGCUUCACAUGAGAGCCUGGUGUGAGAGGAAGAUAAGAGAAGAGAUAAGCCCAAAGUGCUGCAGGGACACUGAGGUGCUCAUUCCCAACCUCUGGGCCACGGGGCUGUUUUAUAACAAACGUGUUAUUUUUGUAAUGAUAAUAAAAUCUCGGUUUUGUACUCA